AUGGGGAUGGAGAGCUCCCCUCGUCACAUCCCUGCAUAGAGCACCCAGUUUCCUCUACUGGGUGUUCUCAGCCAUCGCCUGUGCCUUUAAGAGCUGCCACCCUGUGUCAGGGACUUGACCUCAGCAUCCUCAGCUGAGUUGGAUUAAGGGACCAUUUCAUGCCUUUGUGAAUUUCUUCUGGCUGCUGUCCCUUCCCCUACACAGAGACAGAGUAGCCCGUAGGCUGAACCACUUUACCAAAGACAGCCCAAGAGCUGGUCUAGCCUGGCAGCCUUUUCCCUCCGGUAGUAGAAGCUGCCCCUUUGAUUGGGGGUUUGUGGUCAGAGAGUGGGCCCUUGGGGGUCUUGGACUAUCACAGGAACUCUAGAAAGCCAUGCAGAGCCUCGGGCCAUGAAGGACUACUCAGAUGUCAUCCUCUAUGUGGAGGCAACAGAGUCGAGCAAGAUCGAGUUCUGCAAUCCUGCCUUCGAGCCUGAGUCUGGACCACCCUGCCCUCCCCCAGCCUUCCCAGAGGAUGCCAGAUACAGCGUCCCAGCUCCCUGGCACGGUCGGCGCCCUCGAGGGCUGCAGCCAGACUGCCGCUUCUCCUGGCUCUGCGUGCUCCUGCUCGCUAGCUUGCUGCUCCUGCUGCUGGGGCUGCUGGUGGCCAUCAUCCUGGCCCAGCUGCAGGCUGCACCCCAAUCCGGGACCUCCCAUAGCACACUGCCUGCCGGAGGCCUUACCACCACCAUCCCCACCAUCACGAACUCCCAGGCAGCUGGGACCCCUAAAGGACAGCAGGAGGCAGGCGUGAGCCCCUCCCCACAGUCCACCUGUGGAGGCCUCCUCUCUGGCCCAAGGGGCUUCUUCAGCAGCCCUAACUACCCAGACCCUUACCCCCCCAACGCCCACUGCGUGUGGCAUAUCCAGGUAGCCACAGAUCAUGCAAUCCAGCUCAAGAUCGAAGCCCUCAGCAUAGAAAGUGUGGCCUCUUGCCGUUUUGAUCGCUUGGAAAUCUCCCCUGAGCGUGAAAGCCCCCUCCUCAGGGUUUGUGGGAGGGUGCCUCCCCCCACGCUCAACACCAAUGCCAGCCACCUCCAGGUGGCCUUCAUCUCUGACAGCAGUGUGGAAGGAUUUGGUUUCCAUGCCUGGUACCAGGCUGUGGCCCCGGGGCAUGGGAGCUGUGCCCAUGAUGAGUUCCACUGUGACCAGCUCAUCUGCCUGCUGCCUGACUCAGUGUGUGAUGGUUUUGCCAAUUGCGCCGACAGCAGUGAUGAAACCAAUUGCAGUGCCAAGUUCUUGGGGUGUGGGGGGAAUCUGACUGGGCUCCAGGGCACUUUCUCCACUCCUAGCUACCUGCAGCAGUACCCUCACCGGCAGCUCUGCACCUGGCAUAUCUCGGUGCCUGCCGGACACGGCAUAGAGCUACAGUUCCACAACUUCAGCCUGGAGGCCCAGGAUGAGUGCAAGUUUGACUACGUGGAGGUGUAUGAGAUCAGCAGCUCAGGGGCCUUCAGCCUCCUGGGCAGGUUCUGUGGAGCAGAGCCACCCUCCCUCCUUGUGUCUUCGCACCAUGAGCUGGCUGUGCUCUUUAGGACAGAUCAUGGCAUCAGCAGUGGAGGCUUCUCAGCCACCUACCUGGCCUUCAAUACCACGGAGAGUGUGCCCCCGGGCACUGCCAUGCUCCUUGUGCCUGCAGACCGCUGUGGACCCAGUGAGCUCUCCUGCCAGGCUGGAAUGUGUAAGGGUGUGCGGUGGAUGUGUGACAUGUGGAGAGACUGCGCCGAUGGCAGCAAUGACAACUGCAGCAGCCCUUUGUUCCCACCCCCAGAGCUGGCCUGUGAGCCUGUCCAGGUGGAGAUGUGCCUCGGUCUGAGCUACAACACCACGGCCUUCCCUAACAUCUGGGUGGGCAUGGCCACCCAGAAGGAGGUGAUGGAGGUCCUCAGCGGUUACAAGAGCCUGACAAGCCUGCCCUGCUACCAGAAUUUCCGGAGGCUCCUGUGUGGGCUGCUUGUGCCCCGCUGCACCCCACUAGGCAGUGUUCUGCCCCCUUGCCGCUCUGUCUGCCAGGAAGCAGAGCACCAGUGCCAGUCUGGCCUAGCACUACUGGGCACCCCCUGGCCCUUCAACUGCAACAGGCUGCCAGAGGCAGCUGGUCUGGAAGCUUGUGCCCAGCCGUGACCCUGAAGCUGGCCCCUGCCCUCUUCCUGCCCAUCCUCCUUUGCCAGUCAGGGUUGGCAGGCAGGGGAACAAAGGAAGGGGCACCAGCAGGGUCUCUACCCAUCUUCUCUGGGGCUCCCAGGGAGGGGGCAGAGGAGUCCUCGGCUGGGGGUCAUGGGACCUCCCACCCUCCCUGCUCCUUCCUGUCCCCUUCCUGUCCCCAGGCUGCUGACUGGCCCCACACUGGGCCACUGGACAAUCGAGACUGCUUCCUAUCCAGGCCUCUGACCCUG